AUGGAUUGUAAAGAAGAUACUAAUGGAUCUGCACAAGAGUCUGAAGCUAGUAAGAUGUUAUGGAAUAGUGAAUUGGAAUCUCGUCGGUUACAGGUAGAUAGUUUAGAAGCUGAGCUUGUUGAUGUCAAGGCUUACCUUGAUUUUGGUUCUGAAGAAGAUGCCAGAAAGGAAUUAGGUGUUCUUUCCGGUAGAGUCAGAACGACCGCGACAAUGUUGCGGUAUUUGAGAUCGAAAGCUAGAGUCUUGGCCAUUCCUGAUCUAGCUCAUCUGUCGUGCGAAGUUGAACAGAUUGAAAUGAAAGGAUUAGAUGGUGGUUCGUCUUCUGAAGGGGAUAGGAGCGCUAUUCCCGAAACUAGAAUGUAUCGGGGUUCGUUGGGUGUAGAGGAUGGAGUUUAUACUAAUGAGAUGCUCCAGUCCAUAGAGAUGGUUACUGAUGUGUUGGAAUCUCUUGUGAGGAGGGUUACAGAAGCAGAGUCUGAGACGGCUGUUCAAAAGGAGAGGGCACUUUUGGGAGAGGAAGAAAUUAGUAGGAAGACGGUCCAAAUCGAGAACUUGUCCUUGAAAUUAGAAGAGAUGGAAGAGUUUGCUCACGGGACUAAUAGUGUUCUAAACGAAAUGCGGGAAAGGAUUGAGGAACUAGUUGUAGAAACGAUGAGACAGAAGGAAAAAGCUUUUGAAAACGAAGAGGAGCUUUGUCGUGUGAAGAGAGAGUUCGAGUCGCUUAAAAGCUACGUCAGUACUUUCACCAAUGUUAGAGAAACACUUCUUUCGUCCGAGAGACAAUUCAGAACCAUUGAAGAGCUCUUUGAACGGUUGGUGACUAAGACGACGCAACUAGAAGGCGAGAAGGCGCAAAAAGAGGUUGAAGUUCAGAAACUGAUGGAGGAGAAUGUGAAAUUGAAGGCACUUCUGGACAAGAAAGAAGCUCAGCUUCUAGCUUUAAAUGAACAAUGCAAAGUUAUGGCUUUAAGUGCAUCAAACAUCUGA